UUGGCUGCUCUCCAUGGUUUUGAUUUGGUGGGCCAGAUCAUCAGUUGGAAUAAAACAACAUAGGUCAAGUUAUUUUUAUGGAGUUAUGCUCAUUUAUACCAACUGAAGAUCUGUCCUUUACUCAGCAGACAAACCAGUUUCAUGACCUGGUGAUUAAUCCAGCUAAAAGUUGAAUUAAUCAUUUUAUGGAACUAGUUAGCAAGCACUUCUUUUUAAAUCCCAUUCCCUAGCUUCCUGACACUAGGGACUUGCCUCUGUUUGAUCAAGAGAAACACAUCCUCCUCUCAACAUUUUCAGUGUUUAUUUUUUCAGAGUUUUUCACACUCAUCAUGGCCUGUUAGUAGCUGGUUUACUGAGAUUUCACUUGCCUAUAGAGUAAAGUUCCCCUAUAGAAUGUUCUGCUGCCUCAAAGGCUCCUGAAUGGGAUAAAGUGUGGGGGCAGAGCCACAAAAUACUGUGAAACCUCUACAAGCAACCUCUGCUGAACAAGGAUUUCUUCUGCAUAUGCCCUUGGGAACUACAAAAAGGCGCCAAGAGACAUGGCCUAGCUUUGAGGGUUUAAAGCUUUUAAAAUGAUGCUGAGAAUUGUGGUAAUUUUACUUAACAUCCUUUUAAGCAGCAGUUCUUCUCUUUCCUGCUCCAGUUGUGCUCUUGGUUAAGAGUGGUAGAAAAUUAUAUUUAAAUAAAAGAGAACUGUGGCAAACUUAUUUCAAGCAAUAUUAGUUACUAGGGGUAAAAUUAACUUGUGAUGAGGAGGGAUGUGCAAGACCCUUUUUACUACCCUUUGUGCAUCCCCAACAUGCUGUGGAGUUGGUCUCCAGGCCAACCCAUUUGGGGCUGGUGAAGGCGGCCAGUUUGGAGUUAGGUUGGGUGAAGAUUCUGCAUCAGCUGGUUCCAUAUGAGAGCAACUAAAGCUGCUAGCCAUACUUUGCCAACAAAGUGAUCUGAAAUUAGACACCAGUGAGAACAGUUUGGAAAUUCCUGGUGAGUAGAGGAAAUGGCAGCUGUCCAGCUAAGGAGGAAUGCAACCUAGCUGUGCUGUUCUGAGAGGGGUUGAAUCACUCCUCUGUUCUCUGCGGAGAACUGUUAACCUGGCACUCUCAACAGUAGUGAGACUGCUUUGCAGCUAAACCAAGUGGAGCUGGGAAAGGAUGAUGCAACCAAAUUCCUUUCUCAUUUAGGCCCUGAUCCAAAGGUCAUUGAAGUCAAUGCCUUUGCUUCAAGCCAUAAUAUAAACACAUUAAUUGCUUUAUUUCCCCCAACCCCUUCAAAGAAAGACUGUAAGAACUUGGUAUUUUCCUCUAGGGGAAAUCCAGGUUUGAGAAGAAACCCAGAGACAAGUUAUUUGGGCAGGAGAUGGGACAAUUUCCUGAAUUAAAAUCUAUGUGUUACACUCCUCUGAAAACCCCUUCAUGUAUAUUUAUUGUGAUAUUUCAGGGGCUGCAUGUAUGGUUCUCUUUGUGGGAGGUUGUUAUCCUUUCUGCUCUAUUCAGGUACUUAUGUGUCUCCCACGUCCAUAGCAUUAGAGAGCAUAGCAAGAGUAUGUGCUGCUUAAGAAAGAAAGAAGCUCAGCCCCAAUCAUCUUUCACUCCAAUUCCAGCAAAUACAAUAUACAGAUCAAAGAUCAAACCUACAGUGUGUGCAGAUAAUGUCAGAGAGGAGGUCGACUUUGGAAAAUUAUCCAAAAGAAAAGGGUUUUAUGGAGGAAUCUGAAGAAAGAGAGAGGCUUCUUGACUUAUAGGAAAAACACUGUUCCAAGUAUAGGCACCAAUUUCUGUGUCUAGAUGGAGUAUUACUUGAAAUUAUUUCUGCAAAUAUUCUUUUUUGAAUAAUUUCUACAAGCUCAAAUAGUCUCCCACUAGUGGAAUUCUCAGCUCACCAUCUAUGUUCCACAUUCUAGCUCCUUCACUCUGUCUGAAUAGUGCAAAGUAGCUAGUCAGGAGAAAAAAAUCUGACCCAGUAUCUUUGACUGAGUCGUAAUGAGCCAGAGAACAUUUUGGUAGAGAUAUUCCAUUUAACAGGUCCUUUUGGUGACCUAUAUGACAUGGGUUGUUGAACAACCUGGUUCUAAGAGGGCAGGUAUCAGAGUGACAAAACUCAUUAUAACUAGCACCCCUGUUGGAUAUCUCAGCAGAGAAGCCAAUGAAUGGGCAUGAGACACCUCUGAGGUGGUGUCUCCAUGCCAGGUUGAAAGUGCAUUGACAGGGUAGUGUGGGGAAGGCUGCACCAUCUUUCAAGGGCUGUACAUUCAGUUCUAAAUUUUUAUAUCAGACUCCUAAAUGUUUGUUGGAUUGUAAAAUAAUGUUAUCUACAAAGAAUGAUAGAGUAAGCAAAAUAUCAGGCUUGUGCUGAGGAAACAUAUAGACCAACGGGAAAACUGAAACAAGAAAACAAAGUUGUCAUUGUUUUACUCCUGUCUAGGAGACAUUUAUGGUUAAAUCCAGCAUGCUUUUUUUUUAAUUAAUCAAUGUAUAUUAAUCUCCUGGAUUUCCCCUUUUUAAACAAUUUGUCAUUCAACUAAGCUGCUCUGGUAAAAUGUAGCAUAUGGUGGAAGGUUGGGAAUUUCCUUGUGUGUCAUAUUUCACAUUGUUUGUGUUUUGCCAACUGGUAUAAGUAGGUAGUAACAGGGCAGGGCAGCAACACAGAAUAGUGAGGUUGGGAGACCGAUACAGUGGAUCUGUGACCAUAUAAAGGUGCAUGUUUCUAAGAUCAUCUACACAGUAGCCACCUGUUGCCUGUUGAAGCAAUUGGAAUGGCUUUCAAAUCUACAAAAAACUCCACAGGAAAUCAAGUCAAUCUUUUUCAGGAUGAUGAAGUCUGCAAGCAUGGUGACUUUAUCAAAUCCCCACCUCCUCAGCUUUUCACUACACAGAGUUCUUGGAAAAAGCGAUGUUUCACCUUGUGCAAGUCUAGCAAGAGAUGCUACACCCUGAAGUACCUUAAAGGCCAACAGAUAAAGGGUUUCAUUGCAAUUGACCAGAUUUCAAAUAUAGAGAUUGGCAUAAGUAAUUAUGAGAAGAUGACAGCAGUAAGGAAGAUGUUCAAAUGUCACCCCGAGGAAGUGAUAUCCAUCAACACUAAUAGCAGGGAUUACUACCUCAUUGGGAAGGACAGGGAACAAGUUGAGGACUGGUUCACUUCCCUGUCUUCAGCCCGCAUGGAGGCAAAAGAAGAUGGAUGCUCUGCUCAGAACCAGAAUCCUGCAGCUCAGAGAAGCAAAGGUCGGACCAUCUCUUCGCCACCAUCCUUCGAUGAAAUAGUUGUGAGCACCCAUGAGGAGAUUCUGAGUGACUACAACAAAACUGAAGUGGAAGAUCCCACAGACGACAAGAAAAGGCCUCACUCAGAUCCUGGCUCUCGUGGUCUCCCUGAACAGCAGCCUUGCCGCAGCUCACCAAUGCAUCUUCUUCCUAGUCUGAAUAACAAUUCUGAAAAGACCAGCCAACAUCAGCUGCUGUUAGAUUCAGAGGAGAACACAGGAGAGAAGGGGGAAGAAUAUUAUGCUUCUCCAAGCAGUGUUCUAGCACAGCUGGAAAGUGAGCUAUCCAAGUCUGAUCCCCCAGUUCAAUCACACAACCCAAUGGCGAAGGAAGAUCAUCUCAGCAGGAAGUUGUACAUGUUGAUGAAACCUCUGUUGCCUGAAGAGAAACUCCAGCCCACAUGCAGAAGUGAUGAAUUCCUGACCCUUCCCAGAAGCCAAGAAAAUAGCAUAGAUUUAAGAAACUGCGAGACAGAUGAAAACCAACAACAGCUCAUUCAAAGCAAGACCAAUAAGCAGCUAACCAAAGAAAGAAAGCCAAAUGCAUCAUCACUAUCAGUGGUUCAGUUAUCUAUAAUAAUCAACAAAGUCACAGAUGACAGCCAAUUACAAGAGGUGGAUAUUUGCAUCCCUCAUGCUGAUGUCACCAGUAAUUUAACGCUUAUUGAAGCAACAGGACAAAUAUGUGUCUCUCACUGGAAGGGUCCCAGCCGCUUAGGCUGUAUAUUUCACCAUGGGGAUCACAUAGUGGCUGUGAAUGACCUGCGCACACAGAGCAUGGAUGAGGUUUCCUUGUUUAUCAGCAGAUCCAUGAGAAAGAAGGUGAAACUUACUAUCCGUCGGAUCCCAGAUUCAGACAUUUUCCAUAUUAAAGGAUGUUCAUGUUCCUAGAUAAGUGGUUGCCCUGUGCAUAUUCCUGAAGAUGGAAGGAUCAUUAUUUAAUAUUUCUAUUUAGAAGGCAUCAGUUGUGACACUGAAGGUAGAAGGAAAAAGAAGAACAUCUGCCUGAAGAACUUCCAUUCAUUCAAAGUGGUGGUGGGGCCAUUUCUCUUUAAAUUGUCUUUUUUGAGCAACAUCACUGGUGCCACAACAAAGCCGUUACUUGAUUGGAGGACUGUUUUUUUCAUGGCUAAGAUGGCUUCAGAUGUGAUUCAAAUUGGAAUCACUUUCUACCAAAUUGGGAUUGGAGUCUUCUUUGGUUUUGCAGACAAACCAGCCUUUAGGACAAUCUUCCAGCCUUGAAAAUGGCCACCAUGCCAUUGAAUUGCAGUACAAAGAACUAACUUCCUUUUCCUAACUAGGGAGGAACAAAGGAGGUAGAAAUGGUGUUAGAAGUAAUUUCCUGCCACUUCUUGGAGCAAAUGUUCAUGAAGGGAGGCAUUAAUAGGUAUAAAAUCUGUCUGCAAUUGUCUUUGGAAAAACACUAUUGCAGAGAAGUUUGCAUAUAUCCGUUGAAGCAGAAAAUGAACCAUGCAAUCUGCAUCUCUCUGUUAUGGCUCUCACUAUUAUGGCAAUAGUGUUGUUCCUAUGGCAAAAUGAAGUUUUGGUAGAUUUUUCUAGCACUGCAUGUUCAUUUGUAUUUCAGAAAAUUUGGGAUUCAUUUCCUACUUUUGCAAGUCAGAACCAAGUUGUUACCAAGUGAUUGUCAGCUGCUGCUUGCUUUUAUGUCAGAUUGUGUACAGCAUAGAUGUUACACGGUGUGAUUUUAUUUUUGAUGCAGAUUGUAUUCUAUCUAUAAAACACAGAGAUGAGAGCCAUGUGAUGAAAUAAAGAGACAUGAACUAUGUUCCACAGGGAUGUGAUGCAAUUUAACACGUUCCUAUGACUGCAUCACCUGCCCAAAAUUAUCUCAGCUGGACUUGCUCUAUCAUUCCAAACCUUUCUUGGGCUUCAAACACCCCCUGCAUUUAAACAAAAAAUGGACUUGCCACAGAAGUAUUGCUUUCUUCCCCCAAUUAUACUUGCCCAAAGCCUUGCAUGGGCAAUAUACAACCUAGGUCCAAUAACAACUUUUCUAAACCUACAAGCAUCAUGGCUUAAAUAUUCAACAUCUCAUGGUCCUUCUGGGCUAGGAACAGCAGCUUUAUACUAAUGAGAAUGGGAGAUACCCAACUCCCAUUAUGACCCAACACUCCCCUCUAGCAAUGGAAGGCCCAAAGGCAAUGACUUUAGACUUGUGCUAUUCUUAGGUCUAGAGGUGUUUUUUUAGAUCACUUUUAGGUGUUUUACCUUUAAUUUUAAAGUUCUCUGAGCUGUGUGUAGCUGAACCACAUGGUCCUUCUCUUUGUAUCUAAGUGUUAUAUAAAAUAUAAUAUAUUGUA